AUGGACACCUUUAUUCGUCAGGCAGAUUCAGUAACAGAAUUCGAAUCUGACUACAACUCUAUGCAGCCAUCAGAGCAUACAAAGCACUCCUUAACUUUCCAAAAGGAUGAAUUAAAGGCUCUGUGGGAAAAGGUAAAAGGGUCUUAUGAUGAACUUUGCGCAUCAAAAGAGCUCGAAACCAAAGACCUGGCAGCAAUUAAAAAGAAGUAUAAAAGCACCUACUUCAGUUUUUUGCGGUGCCAAGCAGCAAUGGCUGAUCUUUCAGAGCAACUCGCAAAGACUGAAAAGGAAAGCGAAUACAAGUCAGGUCGCGAGCUUAAUAUUCAUCUCCCUCCUUGCGACACAGACAUUUUUAAAGGAGAUUAUCUUUCGUGGCCAUCGUUUAGGGAUAUGUUUACGGCUAUAUACAUUCUAAAUAAGCGCCUUACCCCAGUUGAGAAGCUGUAUCACCUCCGGCAAAAAACUCAGGGGGAGGCCAAAGAAAUAGUGCAGAGAUCCCCAUUAACCAACGAUGGCUUUGGUGCGGCCUGGAAAAAUCUUUGUGACAGGUACGAGAAUAAACGUAUCCUGGUCAAUGCCCAAUUAAAGGUAUUAUUUAAUUUAAACGCAGUUGAGAGUGAAUGCGGUAGCUCCAUCAAGAAACUGCAACGCGACAUAAAUAAUUGCAUCUCGUCGCUUCAGUGUCAUCAGAUUGAUGUUUCAAAUUGGGAUGCAAUAUUCACAUAUUUGUGUUCGACAAAACUGCCAGAAACGACACUGGCACUAUGGGAGCAAACCAUAGAAAAUAAAACUGAGAUUUCCAAAUGGGUAGAUAUGGAUAAAUUCCUAUCCAAUCGGUUUCAAACACUGGAAACCGUGACAGGUCUUAGGGGAGAUAUAGUUUCGAAACCUAAACCACCAAGCUCUCGGAAUUCUGCAGAGACGCCUGCAAAAAAGCUUGGCGCCUUUCAAGCCAGUGUAGCAAAGGCAACAUGUAAAAUGUGCAACAGCAAUGCACACAAGCUAUCAAAGUGCGACAGAUUUUUGCGUCUAAAGCCGACGGAGCGAGUAGAUUACGUGAAGAGCAUUCGCAGUUGCUUGAAUUGUUUAUCUGCUGGGCACACAGUCUCAAGAUGUACCAGCUCAUUUAACUGCAGCACUUGUCAUUCGAGACAUCACAAGUUGCUCCAUAUGCCAAUUCAGCCAAAAGCGACAACUGAUCCAUCGGGUAGCGUGGAAUCUACUCCAAACCAGGCUCAAUCAAGACGCGAAUCUGAAAAAGGAAACAUCAAAUCUGUUACAAAUGUAAAUUCUUGUUACGCAAAUACAAGUAAAGGAGUUUUGUUAGGAACAGCACGCGUAAACAUACACUAUAAUGGUAUACAUUUUUCGGCUAGAGCGCUUAUAGAUUCUGGUUCUGAGUGCUCGUUCAUUACUGAGAGACUCAAACGGAGAAUCAACCUGCCAUCAAAACGUUUGCAUGCCCAAGUUUCGGGCAUCAAUAACUCUGUAUCUGCGCAGGUAAAAGAAGCGUGUGCUAUUCAACUUCGGUCACCCACAGACCCGUUAAUUAAUAUAGAAGCAAUUGUGCUGGUUUUACCACAAUUAACCGGGGAUCUUCCGACUUGUCAGAUAAGCGCAAUGACGCAGCAAUCGUUCCCAGACUUGGUCUUGGCGGACAAAAGAUUCUUCGUCAAUGAGCCAGUUGACCUGGUCUUGGGAGGAGAUAUUUACCCGCAAAUAAUUUUAAGCGGAAUGAGGAAGAACGUAUUAAAUACGCUUCUCGCGCAAGAGACCGUGUUCGGUUGGAUACUGACUGGUCGCGCGGACUCAGUCAGUCCAACUAACAAUAUCGUAUCGUAUUUUAACGAAGUCACGUUGGACAAGCAGCUAGCUGCAUUUUGGGAGCUGGAGGAUGUCCCAAAGAAAAAAGGCAUCAACGAAGAUGAUAAAUACUGCGAAGAGCUCUUCAAAGCAACUACAACACGAAAUACCGAUGGAAAAUACAUUGUGUCUCUACCUUUUAAACGGGAUUUUCCGAAAAAUGUGUGCUUAGGACCUUCGCUGAAAAGUGCAUGCUCUCAGUUCUACCGGAACGAGACGCGACUAGCGAAAAAGCCUGUCCUUCAAACAGAGUACAACCGGGUUGUAUCUGAAUACGAGACACUAGCACAUAUGUCAAAAAUUAACAAAAACAUUUCACCAGAUUCAACGGACUGCUAUUUUUUACCGCACCACGCCGUUUUAAAGGAAGAAAGUACCACUACAAAG